AUGGAGGUGAAGGGGAGGGAGGAGAGUGCCGAGCAGCCAGCUGGUAACGGAGGAGUGGGGACAAGGAGUACACAGGAGCUCUGGAAGGAAGCCCGCCCUCUUCGGAGGCACGCCUUUAAACAGCUCCCACGCUGCUGGCAGUUUACAUCGUUCCCUAUCAAGGCCAGCAGUGCUCAGACGCCACCCAGCUCGCUCGCUCACUCCCUCUCAUUCACAUGGCUGUGUGGGAGGCUGGGAGCUCGGCACGGCACAGAGCAGCACCUCGCCAGGAUGGAGAACCAAGGGAAGCACCUCAAUCCCGACCUGUUGCAGUCCAGCAAGAGCAUCAAAAGAUCCUCGUCUAGUACCAUCACUCUGAACGUGGGGGGUCACCUAUACGCGGCCCUAAGGCAGACACUGGCCAGGCACCAAGGAUCCCUGCUGGAAGAGAUUGCCAACGGGAAAAAACCGGUGCAGCAUGUGGACUCCAUGGGGAACACCUUCAUCGACCGGGAUGGACUCGUCUUCCGUCACGUUCUAAACUUCCUGCGACUUGGCGAACUCAUGUUGCCCAACGACUUCAAGGAAGCAGGGCUUCUGCGACGUGAAGCCGAGUUCUACCACCUGGGAGCGAUGGUCCUGGCUAUAGAGGACUGGGAGCAGCAUCAGAGUGCUAAACAGGACCCUGCUUUUCUGGAGGUUACAGACAGCCAUGAGCGAUCGCAGGGCCUGAAGGUCUACUGCAGCGACCCCGGGAUGAUCGACGCGGUGAAGGGGCGUCUGCUGCAGGUGUCCAAAAGCCGGCUGGAUGUUUUUCCUAAGGAGUUUGAGGUCUCGUCCAACAUCAUUCAGUUCCGCCACUUCAUUAAGUCAGAGGCAGGCUCCCGGCUGAUUAUAAUGAAGGACAGCACCUUUGUUUGUACGGCCGAGAGCCUAAAACUGGAAAUAAUGAUGCUAGCACUAAGAGGUGGCUAUCGCCUCCUCACCAGUCUGGAUAGCACCCACGGCUCAGCGGUUCAAUGCGAGGCUCUACACUUUGUCAAGUGA